AUGUCUACCAACGGCUGUCACCUCUAUGCCGCGGGACGCUGGGACAACCGCAUCGCUGUCUACAGCAUUCAAACGUGCCGUCUAGACACGCUUGUAACGACGCCUCACACAGACGUCAUCACCACUCUUGCUGUGGACCCGGGCUGCUACCGGAAGUCGGCUCAACAGGGCUCAGCUGCGCAGUAUCUCAUUACCGGUAGUCGCGACGGGACAGUGUGUGUUUGGAAUUUCACUGCUUUCUCGGGAAAAAUGAUAAAACAGGUGCGCGCCGACCGGUCAUUUAUCGAAGACUUUGAAGCAACCAAAAAAUUGGAAACUGAAGGUGCAAAGAAUGUGUCUUUUACCCAAUCUGUCAGUCCCGGUAGCAGCAGUGGAAGUGGUGGUGGUGCUGUCAAAAGAAAUAACUCUCAUGGCUACCCUGCUGAUAUGCAAGAGGAGGUAGAGGCAUGUAUUCAACCAGGAAUGCCUUUCGACGACAGCAUGUUGAACUUUGGUUGUGGAUGCAAAGUGACCGAUGUAGGUGCAACGUCUGGCCGAAGGACUUCGAUAACAAGCAGCAAUUUUGUAUCCACUUCUCCAACAGAAGUAGCUAAGGUAAUAAGACUUUUUCCUGCUGACGAAAGUGGACUUCCGAUCAGCAACGUGGCUCUCUACCUGUCUCUGGACAUUGCAUUGUGUGCUUCUUUCGGUUCCAACGUUAUUCGAAUGCACGCGGUGAAGCGGGGCGUGUGGUCCCGGCAAGUAACUCUUCCUGAGUUAGUCACCAUCAACCACCUCUUGAUUCAUCCUGUUUCGAUCUCCUUCCUGGUGCAAUGGACUGCCAAAAGCUCUCGAGAUCGACAGCUGCGUCUGACUCGAUUCAACGUAAACGGAAGAUGCGUUGCGGAGGCGUCAGUGUUUCAGGAGGGUUACAUUUCACCUCCACCACCGCCGGCGAAUACUCAAGUGACGCGAAUGCUGACAGCGGUACUCUCACCCUCAGCGAAUACGAGGUGUGUGGUGAACUACGUACUCCUCAUGGCGACUUCUUCGGGCCACCUGAUCAUGCAGGAGGUGGAGUCGCUAACCCAGUUACGGAUAUUCUCGAUUGGAGCACCAAUUGUGCACAUGAACAUGGCCUUGACGGUUCAUGGUGGGGGUGUCAAUAUACUCCUUCUUUUGGCCAAUGGAGCCUUCGUUGUUGCCUACCCUGGUUUGACUGCUCCACUCACCACUCUCACUGCUGCCGCACAGGCGCCGGUAGCGACAAAUGAAAGUCUGUGA